AUGGAUGAUGGCUCUUUGUUUGAAUUACCUGAGGCAAAGGAACUCCGUUAUGAGUUGAGAGAACUUCGUGAUACAGUGGAUGAGCUUUCAGCUUCUGUAGAGGAGAUUCAAAAACGGUUGAAUCGAAGUGUCAACACGGAGGAUAUCAUGCGAACUCUCAGUAAUGAAUGUUUUACGUUGGAUGUCAAGAGCUACACAUACGAACUUUGUCCCUUUAAGAAUGCUCAUCAGUACGACAAGGGGACACAGAACGGUCCAAGUCUGGGUAAGUGGGGGAAGUUUGGCGACAAUACGUACUCUCUUUGGGCGAAUGCAAGCGAUUAUACUCACAUGAUAUACGAAGAAGGUGAACGAUGUUGGAAUGGAGCACUACGAACGACUGAUGUUCAUGUGUUGUGUGGUUCAGAAAAUAAACUGACUCAAGUUGAAGAGCCAUCGAUGUGCAGAUAUAGUAUGGUGUUUCAAACACCUGCUUUGUGCGAAUGA